UGUACUAUUAGUCUCUAUCAUAACAACACGAGCUAUUAGUAAAAUGUUUAAUAAUCGACAAUCUCGCCGGAGAUUCCGGCUCGGCAACUUAGCUAGGCUUGUUCAAUUACGUCAAAGCGUAAGCAAUCAGCCACAGCCACCACAACAACCACCGUUGCCACCAAAAGAUCAUCAAGAAGUUUUGUUACAAUCACCACCACAGUCACCAGCUUUUCAGCAGCCUCCAUAUCAAUUGUCAUCGCCAAUGCCGUCACCAUCAACACUCCCACCCUCUAAUUCAAAGCAUGGUGAAAAUCAGCAGCCUUCGCCACGGCUGGAACCACGGUCCCCAGCAUUUCAGACACAACCGCAGUCACCUUCACUUCCGCCACGGCCUGAACCGAAAGCAUCACCGCCGCCACUUUCACCAAAAUCAAAGAGAGAGUCUCAACCGCAUACAACGGCUCCACCAACGUCAAAACCGCCUCCUUCACCGCAGAAACUGUGUGAAUCUCAGCCGCCACCUCAGGAACCAAAGUCAUCACCAUUAUUACCAGCACUACAGCCACAACCGCAGUCACCUUCAUUUCUGCUCCAUCCAAAUAAAUUUUCAUCGCCAAUGCCUUCACCGUCUACAGUUCCUUCGUCUCUUUCAAUAUCUGGUGAAAAUAGCCAAUCACCGCCACGUGUACUAUCGGAACAGAAAUCAUCAUCACCGUCACUUUUACCACCACAAUCAACGGAAUCGCUUCAACCGCAGACAACGUCACCACCGGUGUCAAAACAUCUCCCAUCAGCCCAAAAACAGAGUGACUCUCUGCCGCGAUCGGUACCUCCUCCACCACUAACACCAGAAGCAAAAAAACUACAGUCUCAUCCGUCUAAAUCAAUUGAUGAAACUCGGUUCCAAUCACCGUUCAUGUCACAAGCAUCACCACCAUCAUUUUCAGGAUCCCAUGAAUCUCAGCCUCCUUUACCGCCACCAAAUUCAAAUACUCCACCGUUAAAUCUGAACGCUAGCGAAGAAUCCCAUUCCGAACGGCUUCCACCAUCCCCUCGGCUAUCUAAAUCUACAGAGGAAACUCAGUCCAGAUCAUUGCCUCCCUCGCUUGUGUCACCACCAACAUUGCCAGAAUCCGCUGAACCUCAGCCGCCCUUACCACCACCAGAAACCAAAACUCUGCCGUCUCCACCAUCAACGCUAAAACCUCAUCAAGAAUUUCAUUCACAACAGUCUCUACCGCUUUUACCGGAUAAAUCCAUUGAUGAAACUCGUUUCAAGUCAUUGCUUCCCUCGCAAGCAUCACCAUCGUCAGAAUCCGGCAAAUCUCAGCUGCCUUUACCACCACGAGAAACCGAAGCUCCAGCGUCAACGCUGAACGGAUCAAAAGAAUCCGAGUCCCAACCGCCACCACCACUUCAGCCGUCUAAAGCCAUUGAUGAAACUAUAUCCCAAUCAACACCUCCAUUGCCACCGUCAAUAUCAGAAUCAGGUGAAAUUCAGCAGCCUUUGCCAUUACCAGAAGCUAAAAUUUCAUCGCCGCCACUGUCAUUGUCAAAAUCCGAUGAAUCUCGACUACCUUCGCCACCACCAGACACCAAAACUCCACCGUUAACUCUAAACGAUGCUGAAGAAUCCCAGUCUCAACCUUUUCUUCCGUCUAAAGCGACUAUUGAAACUCAGUUGCAAGCAUCUCCUCAACCGCAUUUGCCACUACCGGAAUCUAAAGGUACACCGUCAACGCUAAACACAAGUGCAGAAGCCAAAGAUGAAACUCUGUCCCAAUCAUCACCUCCGUGGCACGCAUUGCCACCAUCAUUAUCAGAACCUCAACAUCCAAAGACUAAAAUUCCACCGGCGACACCGUCAUUUUCAGAAUCCGGUGAAUCUCAACUAUCUUUACCACCAACAGAAACCAAAACCCUACCGUCAACACUAGAGGCUGCCGAAAAAUCCCAAACUCAACCGCCUCCACAACAACUUCCUCCGUCUAAAGUCAUUGAUGAAACUUCGUUCAAAUCAUCGCCUCAACCACCUUUGCCACCACCAGAAGCCAAAAUUAUAACGCCUCCACCGUCAAUUCUAAACACUACCGAAGAAUCCACGCUUCCUCCGUCUAUACUGCCAGGAGAGGCCAAAUCUACUGAUCCUCCCUCGCUGCCGUCUAUUGAAGAACCUAAAUCGACACUGUCACUACCUGAAUCUAGCAAACAAUCAUCAUUUUUGUCACCAACAGAUACUAAAAAUCUCCAAUCUCAACCACCUAUGCCACCACCACAAUCUCGAACACAGCCUCUGCCGUUACCCCAAAUUAAACCUAACCCAAUCGAGUCUCCUCCUCCGAAACCAAUAAACACCGAAUCUCACACUUCAAAAGAUCAUCACAAGGAUCGAAAUCAAAAUCUAGAUAAACCAGACGCUGAACUCAUGAAGAUUCCGGCUGAGAUCACCGGGGAAGUUAAGAAAAACAUGGGAAAUGAGAAGACAAACACAUCGGCGACGACGAUGAUGAUGAUGAUGUUCGUCAACAGCAAUGUUCAAGGGAUAAACACAUCACUCUCACUCGAUUCAUCUUCUAUCGAUCAUGAGCCAGGCGUCCACUUGACCAUCGGUUAUGAUGUUUUUUCUUCAACCCUGUUUUAAUAAAACUGUUGGGGGGGGUAUUCUAUUCUUUUUUUUUUUCUGUUUUGAUAUUCUAUUCUUCUGAACCGGAUUGCAAAAAAAAUAAAUAAGAAAGCUAAAAUAUUAAUGGGCCUCAUGUUUACACUUGACCCGAACCGGAUUGCAAAAAAAAAAAUAAGAAAGCUAAAAUAUUAAUGGGCCUCAUGUUUACACUUGACCCGACCCGUUAAAGCUUGACUCUGGGCUUUU